CCAACUACUUGCCAUAUGUCCAAAAGAUCGACGAACAUAAAAACAAAUAUUUGGGUUUUUAGAGUUCGAUAUUUGAAAUCUUUUUUUGGUUGUUGAGGAUUUGAAGUAGAAGAGCAUAAAUGGGUGUUAGAGAGAAGGAUCCGUUAGCCCAAUUGAGUUUGCCACCGGGUUUUAGAUUUUAUCCGACAGAUGAAGAACUUCUUGUUCAGUAUCUAUGUCGGAAAGUUGCAGGCUAUCAUUUCUCUCUCCAGGUCAUCGGAGACAUCGAUCUCUACAAGUUCGAUCCUUGGGAUUUGCCAAGUAAAGCCUUGUUUGGAGAAAAGGAAUGGUAUUUCUUUAGCCCGAGAGAUCGGAAAUAUCCGAACGGGUCAAGACCCAAUAGAGUAGCCGGGUCUGGUUAUUGGAAAGCGACGGGUACUGACAAAAUUAUCACGGCGGAUGGUCGUCGUGUCGGGAUCAAGAAAGCUCUGGUUUUUUACGCCGGAAAAGCUCCCAAAGGCACUAAAACAAACUGGAUUAUGCAUGAGUAUCGCUUAAUCGAGCAUUCUCGUAGCCAUGAAAGCUCCAAGUUGGAUGAUUGGGUAUUGUGUCGAAUUUACAAGAAAACAUCUGGAUCUCAGAGACAGGCUGUUACUCCGGUUCAAGCUUGUCGUGAAGAGCAUAGCACGAAUGGGUCGUCAUCGUCUUCUUCGUCACAGCUUGACGACGUUCUUGAUUCGUUCCCGGAGAUAAAAGACCAGUCUUUUAAUCUUCCUCGGAUGAAUUCGCUCAGGACGCUUCUUAACGGGAACUUUGAUUGGGCUAGCUUGGCAGGUCUUAAUCCAAUCCCAGAGCUAGCUCCGACCAACGGAUUACCGAGUUACGGUAGUUACGAUGCGUUUCGAGCGGCGGAAGGGGAGGCGGAGAGUGGACACGUGAAUCAGCAGCAGAACUCGGGCGGGUUGACUCAGAGUUACGGGUAUAGCUCGAGCGGGUUUGGUGUUUCGGGUCAAACAUUCGAGUUUAGGCAAUGAGAGAGAGAGUAAUUACUGAUGGGUGAAAAAAGUAAAGAACAAAAAAAAAGCCUUGGAGAUGGUAGAGUGGCAAUUGAUGUAAAUAAUAAAUAGGGAUUUUUAUGGGCUUUACCGAUUCGGUGAGGCUUAGAAUUCCAGAAAAGGAAAAAGGCUGGACUGGAGACUAGUUUGAUCCAACUUAACGGGCCGAAAAAUGUGUAAUGUUUCAAUUCGUUGAAAUUAUUUCUCAACGUAGAAAAAAUAAAUGGUUACCAAUAUUCUUAAA